UCAUUAAUUUGGAAAUCAUCAAGUUUCACAAUGCAUGAUCUCAUUAAUGAUUUGGCUAGAUUUGUGUCUGGAGAAUUUUGUUUUUGGUUGGAUGAGGGAGAGUCGCAUGAAGUUCCUAAAAGAGUUCGGCAUUUGUCAUAUAUGAGAGGAAGAUUUGAUACUGCUGCAAGAUUUAAGCCAUUGGAUGAAAUUAAGUGUUUGCGCACCUUAUUUCCCGUGUCUUUAAGACCAUACCAUCAAUGGGAGAGCCUAUAUGUAAGCAUAAAGGUUCUAGAUGAUUUAUUACCAGCACUAAAAUGUUUACGAGUGUUGUCGCUGUCAAGAUAUAAAAAUAUCACGCAAUUACCUGAUAACAUUGGUAAACACUUAAACUUGCGCUACAUUGAUCUUUCUUACACUGCAGUAAAAAAGUUACCAGAUACGUUGUGUACUCUCUACAAUUUGCAAACUCUAUUGUUGGUCGGUUGUUCCUCUCUUGUUGAAUUGCCUGCAGACAUGAGGAAAUUGAUUAAUUUGCGUCAUCUUGAUAUUAGUGGAACUUGUAUAAAAGAGAUGCCGGUGCAAAUGGGUAGACUAAAAAGUUUGAGAACAUUGACUGCUUUUGUGUUGGGGGAAUCUACUAGGUCGGGUGGCAUUGGUGAACUGGGGCAAUUGUCGAACCUUCGAGGAAAACUCUCUAUCUUGAAUCUACAAAAUGUCGUCAAUCCUAUAGAUGCCUUGGGGGCCAAUUUGAAGGAUAAGAAAGAUCUCAACGAAGUAGAGUUGGCAUGGGGUCGUGAGGAAGCAGAUGAUUCCAUAAAAGAGAGACACGUACUUGAAAGCCUACAGCCUUCUGUGAAUCUCGUGAAGCUGACCAUCAGAUUUUAUGGUGGAACCAGCUUUCCGUAUUGGUUGGGAGACUCUUCCUUCUCCAACGUACAAGUCAUGCGUCUUAGUGAUUGUAGUACUUGCUUCUCAUUGCCACCAGUUGGGCGGUUACCCGCUCUAAGAGAGCUCUAUAUAGAAAGGAUGAAAACUGUUGUGAGUAUUGGUGUUGAGUUCUACGGGGGUAAUGGAGCUUCUCUAAGUCAACCAUUUCAAUCUCUCAAGAAGCUAGAGUUCAAAGAGAUGCCGGAGUGGGAGGAAUGGCUGUCGAGUCCAGGUAGAGGUCAAUCUCCAGACUUUCCUCGUCUUGAGGUGCUCAUUUUAGAGAAUUGUCCGAAGCUGAAGGGAAACUUGCCCGAUCAUCUUCCUUCAUUGAGACAGCUUUGGGUGUCAGACUGCGGGGUUCUACAUGAAAGGGCUACCAGAACAAGAUGGAUACCUUGGUCUCUCAUCUUCAACACGGAGUCCUUGCGACAAUCUCUUAAACAACUGAAGAUAGUUAGAUGCCCUGGUCUAUCGUCGUUACUAGAGACGGAGUCGCUGUCCUCGCUUCGGACGCUUGAGAUUCAAAUUUUUAGUCGCACGGAUUGCUUGCAGCCGCACUUCAGCAGUUGUCUUCAAAGUUUGAGUCUCGUUAACUGCGCGUCACUCUUGUCGUUCCCGAGAAACGGUCUACCCACUUCGUUGACAUAUCUUGGAAUAGAAAAUUGCAGGAGAUUAGAAUUCCUAUCUCAUGAGAUGAUGGCCAAAUUGACAUCCCUUCGAAAUUUGGAUUUGAGGGACAGCUGUGAUUCACUGAGGUCCUUCCCGCUGGGCGUUUUCCCCAAACUUUCAUUUCUUUAUAUCUGGGGCAGUAAAAAUCUAGAAUCCCUUGCCAUUGGAGAAGGAGCUGAUGACGAAAAUCUCACUCAUCUCGACUAUCUCCUUAUCUAUUUCUGUCCAAAUCUGGUCUCUUUUCCCCACGGGGGAUUGCGCACUCCCAAACUGGCUCGAUUUACAGUCUGUGGAUGCAAGAAUUUGAAGUUAUUGCCCGACCGAAUACACACCCUCACCGCCCUUCGAGACUUAAGUAUAUCCAAUCUUCCAAAUGUCGAGUCAUUUGCAGAAGGGGGUUUGCCUCCCAACCUACAAUCAUUUGCAAUCAGUGGUUGUGAGAAACUGAGGCCUUCGGUGGAGUACUGGGGUUUGCAACGACUUGUCUCCCUUCGAACAUUUCGGAUCUCAAGCCGCAAGGAUCUGUUGAAGACGGUGCUCAAGGAACAGCUGCUACCUACCACUCUUCACUCUCUCGUAAUCUCUGGAAUGGAAAGUCUGAAAUCUUUGGAGGGAAAGGGACUUCAACACCUCACUUCUCUUCAAGAGCUCGAAAUUUGGGAUUGUCGUAGUCUCGAAUUCCUGCCAAAAGAGGGUUUGCCGGCAUCGCUCUCUUGUCUGAGCAUCCAAAAGUGUUCUUCCCUGGAGAAGAGUUGUCAGAAGAAGACGGGACAAGAGUGGAGCAAGAUAGCUCACAUUCCUUGCAUCAAGAUAGACGAUCAAGUCAUCAUUUGAGGCCUCAAGUCAUAGUCAGGACAAUAUCAUCCAAGGGCAACGUGUGUUUGCUUACAUAAAUUACCAGUUGUUGAAUCGUGCCAUGGCUAUCUGUAAAGAAUAUGAUUCUCCUGCAUGGGCGAGGAGAGUUUGAUUGCGAUGAUAAAUGGGAAAAGUAGGGACAAAUGUGAAGGCAUUAUUCCUAAGGCCUCUAGAGCAAGCAAGCACCAACUGCUCAUGGUUCCAAGAUUUGGAGAACCUGAUCUCUGCGUCCAGGGUCGCUAAGGUUGAAGGAUCUGCCCGCAGAGUGUUUUAGUGGAGGUGAGGAUGGAUAUGAUGCCUUAAGCUUUUAAAUUUCCUCUGUGAUGAGGCUCUUAACACAAAUCUUUCCUCCAGGACAUCGAGGGGAUGGAUUGGGGAGCAAAAUGAAAGAUUGGCCAACGUCAAAGGGAUGCGAUAGCAAAAAUUUCAUAUCGGAGUCUGGGGAUCGAUAAUAUGAAGUUAUUGCCCAAGCAUACGCACACCCACACCACCCUUCAAAAAUUGAGCACCUGGGAUCUUCCAAAUCUUGUGUCAUUUGGUGAAAGGGGUUUGCCUCCCAACCUACAAACAUUUCAUAAUAGAGAUUGUGAGAAAUUGAGGCCUUCAGUGGAGAACUGGGGUUUGCAACGACUUGUCUCCCUUCGAAGAUUUCAGAUCAGCAGCGAGGAUGUGUUGAAGAUGUUGCUCAAGGAACAGCUGCGACAGAAAUGGACUUCAACACCGCACUUCUCUUCAAAAGCUAUAUAUUGGAAGGUGUGAUAGUCUCGACUUCCUGCCAAAACAGGGUUUUCCGGCAUCUAUUUCUUUCCUGAACAUCACCAGAUGCCCCUCUAUGAAGAAGAGGUAUGAGAACAAGAAGGGAAAAGAAUGGAGAAAGAUAGCUCAUAUUCCUUGCAUAAAGAUAGAUGACAAAGUGAUCAUGAUAUGAUCUCUCUCUCUCUCUCUCUCUCUCUCUCUAUCACCAAAACUUUUGCUUUUCAUUUCACUCUCAACUCUCUAAUGUCAGAUAGCAAACUGUGGAACUGUAAUGAUUGGAUUAUCUAAGGCCAAUGAUUUAAACGUCCAUCAAUUAGCUGUCCAUGAAUGGUUGUCCCGCAGUGUGGCAUGAAUAUGAUUCUCCUUCAAUUGGAUAGAUAUGUUUUUGUACACACACAUCUCUGUUGAAGUGAGAACGGGUGAUGAUGUCCACAAAACAAAAUGAGAGCCAGGUUUCUAUGGAGCACUGCCCUCAUGCUUGCCCUCGUUGGAAUUCUGUCCAUUAUGUUACUAGAGCAGUAUUCAUACAUGUUGAGCUGGGGUAUGAAAAAGAAAAGCACUUGUGUUGGCAUCCUAUCGAAACAGAUAUGAGAAGAAACAGGAUUUUCACAUCUUGAUGUGGAAAUGAAGUGGGAGAACGCAUCGAUCUGAAGCCUAUGAAGCGAUCCAAAGGAACUGAGAGAUUACAGCAUUUUGCUCUAUCAUUGGGGAUGUUAUGAGCUAUCCCUUGAGUUGUAUCAGGACAAAAAGGUAUGUUUUCUCUAUGUGUGGUGACAUGCAACUACAAUUCGAAUCUAAUAAAAUAUGAGCAAUCCCUUCAAGUAUGUUCAAGCCAAAGAAACAAGGGGAGAUGGAUGUCGAAAGCAAGGAUGGUUUGCCUAAAAAAACGUAUGGAUUCAAACAAGGUUUUAGUGACGUUCAAGCGGGUUUAUGCCCUCGAGUUUUGAUAAGUAACCGGUGUUGGUUCACCAAGAAAACGAGGGAUGGAGAAGUCUCUUGGUGGAAGCAAAGAUAUGAACUUGGAUGCAUCUCCAAAUCUGGUGAGCAGGAAACUAUGAAAACAAAGCAGGAAGAGUUGAUGGAAAUUUGUAAUGGCCGCAGAGAUGGUGCUGCUGCUGUGAGCAAUAAGGAUGUCAAUGCCAAGGCGUUCAGAAAGCAUCAUAAAGUCAAGGAAUGGCCCAGGACUAUUGAGACUCAAGAGGAGGGCUUAUGGUCUCAAGUUUUGGCAGGCAAUGUGUGUUGAUUCACCUAGCAAACGAGGGAAGGAGAACGCCCUUGAUCAGAGCAAUGAUGUGAAGUACUGGGAUGCGGCAAAGCAGGACGAGUUGAUGGAAACUUGUAAUGCAGCAGAGAUGGUGCUGCUGCUGUGAAUAAGAAUAAUACCAAGGGCAAGAGCAAGGGCAAGGCUGCAGGAGGGUGUCGCAGGGUCAAGGAACGCCGCAUUGAGAGCAGAGAGGUUGAUCUUGAGCUUCCCCUACCUCAGGCCACCAUUAGCUGCUGAGGAUGUGGGAAAUGCUCUCCAAUUUUUGAAGUUCAGUGAAACUUUUAGAGUUUUAUAAAAUUGAAAACUCCCAAGCGGAAUCUGUCUUCGACAACGCCUGGACAGUUUGUGAUGGGGGUGACUUAUUUCUGUGCAUUCUGUGGAAAUGUAAAGACAUGGCUAUCUGGGGCAACCAAAAUUACGACAAGUGGUAGUCCUUGAAUUCCGCUGUGUGGCUCUGCCUAUCCGGCUUGAAUAUGAUUCUCCUGCAUCGAAAAGGUAGACACAGUGCGGAUACGGUGAAGAGUGUGUGGGUUCGUUGCGUGCUGCCUCAUGGCCGUGCUUGCUUGAAUACCUGUACAUUACGUUUCCUUGACUAGGUGGCGUGGCUUGCGUUUGUGGUCAUGAAUACUGCACAAUGUAAAAAUAUGAAGCGAGAAAUUGGGUCACUUUGUCGCAAUGCCCUACUCAGAUGUAUGGUGCUCUCCAUGAAUUAGCACACCAUGGCCUCGUUUGGCAUGCCGCGUAAAGUACAGGAUAUGACUAAUAGUACGAAGCCCGUUGUUUGGUGCAUUAGGACACGGGGUUCUGCAUUCAUCGUUUGCUUGGCGGUUCUUCAAAGAAUAAUUGUUUCAUUUGACCUGUUUUAGGAUAUGAAAUUGUUAUUGAGUUUUGAUUAAAUACAAAUGGGAGUGCUUACAACCUUCUCA